UUCGUGGUUUGUUUUCAUGCUCCAGUUCUGGACGGUAGACAACAAGAGCACAAGUAUUUAAGCUGCGAGACACCUGCUUUCUUCUAGACGGAAGACUGCACUGCUAGUGUGAAAGUGGCUUCAGAAUGAUGAUCAGGCGUUAUGUAAAUGUGUCCAAGCGCAUGCUUGAACUUGCCGUGGUCAGCAAAAAUGUAAGACGACCUGUAUCUACCAAAGCUUGCAACAGGGUGAUAUCUGCAGUCAUGGGACAGGAAGAGUCUAAACCACCUCCCCCCAAACUCCCCACCACCAUCGGGGACAAGUUCUCAGACAAGGUGUUUCCCUUCGAGAACCUGGUGUUGGAAGGAGGAGGAGCAAAAGGAAUCGCCUACAUUGGGACUUGCAAGGUCCUAGAGGAUGCCGGGAUCAUGCCUCAGAUCAAACGGUUCGCCGGGACAAGCGCAGGCGCAAUCACUGCCGCCCUGCUCGCCAUCGGGCUUACGUCACAAGAGAUGUUGGAGGAGCUGAGCGCACAGAACUUACUGGAAGUCGUGCUUGAUACCCGUUGGACCAAGUCCAGCUGGAUUCCCGGCAUGGGGAGUUUCGGCCGACUUUAUGACGUCUUGAGAGCUAGGGGCGCAUGCCCGGGAGAAAAGUUCUUGGAGUGGUUCGGAGACAUCUUGGACAGACACUUGAAGAAACGAGGCCUGCCUUUGGAUAAAGACGUCACAUUUGACCAGAUCUACCAUGUUCUGGGCAAGGAGCUGUGUAUUGUAGCCUACAACAUGAACUACAACCGGGAGUCAUACUUCCACGUCAAGACUACCCCCGUUCUCAGGGUCCGGGAGGCGGUGCGCAUGUCCAUGUCAAUCCCUGUGGUGUUCCAGCCGUAUCAACUGGAGGGACUUUUCACCUACAUCGAUGGUGGACUGGCGGCUAACUUCCCACUCUACGCAUUUGAUGGUUGGUACCUGUCCAUGGACAAGAAGGACACGUUCUACAAGCGGCUGAAUGCCCUGUCGGAGACCGACGACGACCAAGACCACCUGCGCAGGGUGUUCUACCCCGAGUACAGAUGGGAACGCUUCGAGAACGAGGACCCGCAACGGUUCAACAAAACUCUCGGCAUUCUUAUCUUUUCCAACUCAGACCGGGAAGUUUACCAGGAUCAGUUCCAGGCAAGGCUGACGUGGCUGAUGCAGAAAGACCCCAGCUUCAUAAAGCAAAGACCUGACACGGAGAAGGCCAGAAAAUUUGCCGAGCAGUACAGCCAGCAGCGGACCGCAAGGGAUGCCGGGAUCAAGUCGUUCGAGACCCUGGUAGACGACCGGAUGAGGACCCUGAUCGAACGGAUUGCCGGUCCUGACGUCAUGGAUAACCUGGACGGAGGCACUAUUGAGAUUCCUGAGGAACGACCAAUUGUACCAUUUGUGGUAGGGACCGGGGCGCCGCCGCCGAAGGAAUCCAGAAUCACAAUUCAAGAAGCAAGGGAGCAAUUUUUCCAGAUCGCAACCGAAGAGGACGUUAAGGCCAUGCAGGCACCGAGCAAAGAAGCGGCAUUCCAGGCGUUGUUUCUUGAUGUCAACGGAAAGCUGACUGUGGACAGGGUGCUGAACAUGUACGAGAACUACGCACCUCUGCAGGUGGCCAAGAGAAGGGUUCUGGGAACGAGAUCUGUCGAGUCGGCCGGGCAGUACUACGGUACUCUCAUGGACUUUGUCGGCAGCAAGAACCAGAUUUCUGAGAAGGACAUAGACCGAUGUAUCGCAGUAGACGUGGACUACCUCUCUACCAUGGACUUCGACAUGGCUCCAACGGAUAUGGAGUUUAUCAUGACUCAAGGAGCGACUGCGGCCACUGCCUACAUCAUGGAGUUUGUGGAGACCGGAGGGAAAAGUAUGGCGAGCAGAAGCCAGCUGCAGCCGCCUCCGCCUCCCGGUCAGGUCUAAUCAUUAGGGAUCCAGGUCUAAUCAUGAGGUCACGGAAUUCACAUAGUCUCUACCAGACUCCUUCGCAAUCUGAAU